GCGACUGUCAUAACGCUGGAGUACAGCUAAGCUACUGAAUUACUUUUUCUACGAAUCCGAUUUAUCAGUAAAUAGACGAUAUGUGCGUAAUGAAUGCGACACUUUAUGCUCAAGAUUUCAAGCGAGCUUACGUUUGUUUUUAUUAAAUAGUGGCCAUCAUCUGUAACGUCAAACUUAAAUCAGAACUAAUGCAGCAAGCUAGUUGCAGCUAAUGUUAGCACGACACUUUGUGUAAAUAACGGGGAUGGAAACAUCCAAACUGUAAACGCGGACAGCCCAUAAAAAAUUAAGUACACACAAAAAAAAAACACGUGUAAGAAAGCGACACAUCGACCUCAGAGACACCGACGUUAGUUAGCUGUGGUUGCUCAACUUCAGGCUGUGAAGUGCCAGUCAUUUUGGCCCCCCCUCUUUCAGUUUACUUAAAAUACUUCAACCUACAUCACUGUUAUAAUGGCGGAGACUAUAAUAACGUUUCAGUCACAGCUUUCUGGCGUUAUGGAGACUGUGUUCAAGGCUGCUAUGUAUGAGAUCACCCGCUUGGUGGAGGACAGCUUUUUGGAAGAGGUAACACGGUGCCGGGAGCAGGUUGAGUCCCUAAAGAGGCGACUGAAGUGGUCGGAGAGUCGACGCAAAGAACGAGAGGGAGAUUGGAGGGGAAGAUGCACCGACUGUGGAAGAGUCGGAGCAGCCGGUGAAGACCAACCCAGAGCCUCAGAGAAAAGCCUGAAGCAGGAGAAUGUGCUGCACGAAGAGAUAAAUAGUUCCCAGGGCACUGAUGGAUAUGCAUCAAGGCAUGAGAUGGAAGGAGAGGAAAAAACAGAGCCCCACAAUACCACAAAAGCAACACAGUCAUCAGGUGUUCCAGGUGAUGGACUGUUCAAGGAAGAAGCUCUUCAGAUCCCACCAGAAAAUGAUGAGUCCCAAGGGUGGGGCAUCAGUUUAAAUGAAACAGAAGUGUCAGCUCUGCCAGGGCCCAGUAAACGUUUCAAUGACCAAAAGAUCCCAAAGUGCCAAGUAAAUUGGGAAACAGGAUUUGAGCAAAGACCAGAAUCAAAUCAGGAUGGACAUUCGGGGGAACCAUCUGAACCUCUGUUCCCAAACAGGUAUGGAAUGGAAGACUUGGGUGGCAUUGACAAGUCUGGCUAUGGAGACACUGGUAUGAUGGGUGUGGGCAACUUUGAUGGGAUACACAGUUCACCAUCUCACCUGGGCAAAGAUCUGAGCUAUGUGGCCCACUAUGAUGGCGAUUCAGAAGCACCAAAAGGAGCUGAUCAUCAUACUUACCAAACAGGCACGCCGCAGAAUAGAAAGGAUCAGGAGGGUUCUCCUGCAGGUUCACCCUCUAGGACUAACAUUGAUGUAAGUGGAGAGUUCAGCUGUUUACUAAUUAAUGAGGAGGGGUAUCUGCAGGAACCAAAUGUCUUGUACCCUGAACAAGUGUCCGGUGAUUCAGGUAGUAGAUUCAGCUUCCGGGGCCAGGGUAUUCGUAUUGGCCAUGCUCUAGACAGCACUGAGGAUAUGUAUGAGCCCUCAGAUGCAUACAGUGAUACAUUAAACUUGGGAGAACAGUUGCAGUAUCAGGCAGCAGUGAGAGGAGUGAGGAGACACAGCUGUAACCAGUGCUCCAUGUCCUUCCCUGAUUCUGUUUCCCUCAAAGCCCACAAACAGACACACAAAGGCACUGGACAAGGGCCCCCAUAUUCCUGCAACCAGUGUGGAAAGACCUUCACUCAAGCUUGUAACCUCAAAGUCCACCAGAGGAUUCAUUUGGGGCAGGGACUCCACCUCUGCAGCCAUUGUGGUAAAGGUUUCCCUUCAUUUUCUGACCUAAAGGCACACAAAUGUGGUCAGAUGGGGGACAAACCAUAUUGCUGCACUGUAUGUGGGAAUAAGUUCAGUCGUCUAUGGAAUCUCAAGCUGCACCAGAGAAUUCACACACAGGAAAAACCUCAUCGGUGCACCAUGUGCGACAAGAGCUUCACAAGGGCAGACAUACUGAAGGUACACCAGCGUACCCAUACAGGGGAAAGACCAUAUUGCUGCACUGUGUGUGGCCUCAGCUUCAAACGCCUGGAUCAUCUGAAAUCCCAUCAACGCAAGCACAUGACAGAUCUGUAAUUCUUAAAGGGAAGAAGUGUAAAAUUAUUUAUUAUUGUUUUUGGUAUCAGAAUGUUUAAGUGAAUAUAUUUAUGAGCCAUGGAUAGAUAGUCUCCUCGGACAUAAAUCAUCCCCUUAGAAUUAUAAGGUUUUAUCUGACAUUUUUGACGAAAUUGACGUUGUCAUAUUCUCUGACCACUUAUCAACAAUAUGUAAGAGAUUUUUUCAAUUAUAUACAACUUUGGCCAUUUUAUUCACAAAACAAAAAGGUUCUAUCUGCAAAAUCAAGCUUUAACUUGGCAUUAUAAGGUUUUAUCUGUAAACCAAUAGGCACUUGAAAUGUUGACAAGAGAGCCAAUCAGGUUGCUUCUUUUUUUGUAAUAUUGGUGCCUGGCACAAUGUCAAGCAAAGGAGCAGAGGAGAUGCAAGAGAAAAUGUUUUGUGGGAAGCUGGGGCUGUUUACAAGACAUCAAAAGGUUGAGGAUUUCAAAAAUGAAUUGAAAACGGACAGAAGUACUAAUGGCAGGCAAGUUCUCAACUUUUAAUAAUUUUAGAUCACACUGAGCUGUUUUAUUGCACUGUUAACUAUCAAGCUAGUGAGCUAAAACUAGUUUUGUAUUGUCUGUCUGUGGUCAGUGCUAACAUAAAGAAACAAACAAUGUAGUUGGCCAUAUUGAAUAGUCAAAGGUUGUAAUAUAAGUUACCUCAUGUAUAAAAUAUUAUUGAUUGAAGAGUGACUUUAGAUUUUAAUACAUUUUAUGACUUAGCAGUGCUACCAUGUUAAUGAGCUCUGUCUAUUUUUAUUUCUGUCAUCAAACGCCAGAAGAGCAAUUAAACGGAAAAAAAACUCCAGAAAAGGGACAGCAAACAAACUGUUACAUUUUUCCUGAAUAAAUAGAACCAAAACAAAAAUUCAGCACGUUGGCGCAGUGGUUAGCAUUGCUGCCUCACAGUUAGAAUACCAUCUGGAAGGCCUGGGCGAUUGUCACUGACAUUUUUUAUAGCUGUCACUGACAUUUUUUAUAGCAGAAUGAUUUUUAUUGAAGAUCCAAGUCUAAAAGUCUACCUUUUAAGUGGGAUGAGUUUUGAGUUGGAUUUUUGUACUCAGUCGACAUGAACUCAGAGUCUUAAUGUUUAUUUGGUGUUUUAAAGAAUGAAAAAAUUGACUUUUUCAGGUAGAUUGUAGCUUGUAAAAUUUAAAAAGAUCUGGGCUAAAUGGGGAGAAAAUCUUUGUGGCAAAACAUCCAGAAUUGACUCUGUACAAAUUUUACUGAAAUUUGAGUUUAUUUAUAUGUCAAAGUAUACGCCUCUGAAAUUUUUCAUCAAAUGUUUAUUCUAUUUCACCUUUUUUUAUCUUACUUUUAUUUUUUUACUUGUUUGUUUUCAUAUAAUUCUAUGUUGAGUUAUGUUAAGAAAACUUGGGAAAAAGAAAGGAUGGAGGAAAAAAAAAGAGGGCUCAGUCUGCCAACAUGGGUUUAAUGAAAUAUUUGAUUUUUUAUUUUUUUUAUUUAUUUAUUUUUUUCUAAAUUGUACAA